AUGAUUAAUAAUAUACCUCUAUAUAUUCAAAAACAAAUUAUAAAAUUAUUAUGUAAUCAUAUUAAUUAUAAUUAUAAAAUACUUGAAAUUUUGGGAGACCCAUUAUUAUAUAGAAAGAAUGAAAAGUUAAAUAAAGAAUUAAUAUUAUCAUUAGCUCUUGUUAAUAAAGAUUGGUUUAAAACUUUAUCAGAUAAUAUUAGAGUUUCAGUUGAUUUCAACUUUAAAUUAAAUGAUUAUGAUUAUGAUUAUGAUGGUAAUGGUGAUGGAGAUGAUAUCAGUAGUGAUAAUAAUAAUAAUGAGAAAUAUUCAAUAAUUAAAAAAGAAAAUAUAAAAUGGUUAAAAUUACAUUAUUCCCAUGAAGAUAAUUGUUUUUAUAAUAAAAUUGGUGUUGAUACAAAAUCACCAAUUGAUAACAAAUUAAUUUUAAAAAAUAUUGAAACAUUAUCAACAAAACAUUCAUUAAAGAAACUAUUAAUUAGAAAUAUUGAAUUAUAUGGAAAUUAUACAAUUGAUACAAUUUUAAUUUUAUUAAAAAUUAAAAAUACCAUUACUAUUGAUAAUAAUAAUAAUAAUAAUAAUAAUAAUAAUAAUAAUAAUAAUAAUAAUAAUAAUAAUAAUAAUAAUAAUAAUAAUAAUAAUAAUAAUAAUAAUAAUAAUAAUAAUAAUAAUAAUAAUGAAUUUUCAAAAUUAGAAAUUUUUAAAAAUUUAAAUGUUUUGGAAUUAUUAAUUAAUAAUAAAAUAACGUUAAAUGUUUUAGAAGAGUAUGGUAAAUAUAUUAAAAAAGUAUUUGGUUUAAAUUUAUAUUAUUGUAGAGAUAAGGAAAUAUUGUUAAAAGCAUUUCAAAUGUAUUGCAAAUCAAUGGUACAUAUUUAUAUUGUUGGUUUAAUUGAAUCAUUUCCAUUAAUAUCAAUACUAAGUGGUGAUAUUAGUAAAGAGAAUAUUAAUAAUAAUAAUAAUAAUAAUAAUAAUAAUAAUAAUAAUAAUAAUAAUAAUAAUAAUAAUAAUAAUAAUAAUAAUAAUAAUAAUAAUAAUAAUAAUAAUAAUAAUAAUAAUAAAGGUAUAAAUUAUUUAAAAGAUAUUAAAUUUAUUUCAAUACUUCGUUCAGAUACAAGUUUUAAAGAUAUAUUUACAUUAUUAUCACCAAUUAAUACACCAAAAUUAAGACAAUUUUCAUUGAAUUUUUGUUUUUUAAAAUUAUUUUAUUAUUUAUCAAGUGAAAAAGAAAAAGUGGAAUAUUCAAUUGACUCGAAAUGUUCUUGUAAUAGUUUAUGUUCAAAUUAUGAUAAACCUAUAAAUAAUGAUGAAUUUAAAUCAAAUUGGAAUCAAAUUAAAGAAUUAUUAAAAAAAAAAGAAAAAUUAACAACUUUAGAAUUUAUUCAUGAUCAUUUUUCAGUUUUAACACUAAAAAAUCAACCAUUUCCACCAUCAUUUAUAAAUGAAGUAGUUGAAAUAUUAUCAUGUAUUACCAAUUUAGAACGUUUAUCAACUUCUUAUUUUUUAUCACCAGAUUUGUUCAAUAAAAUUAUUGGUUCAAAAAAAUCAAUUCUCCAUUUUGAAUCUGUAUUACCAAAACUUAAAUCAACUGAUUCAUAUAUAGAUUCAAUUAAUUCAAUUUGUAAUUCAAAUCCACAUAUAAAAACUUUUAAAAUAUUUGAAGGAAGUACUUUAAUUUUUAAUUAUCAAAAUGAAAAUAAUAAUAAUAAUAAUAAUAAUAAUAAUAAUAAUAAUAAUAAUAAUAAUAAUAAUAAUAAUAAUAAUAAUAAUAAUAAUAAUAAUAAUAAUAAUAAUAAUAAUAAUAAUAAUAAUAAUAAUAAUAAUAAUAAUAAUAAUGAUAAUAAUAAUAUAAAAUAA